AUGGCACCGCAGCAAUGUCAGCUGUACGCAAAUUUCGGAAGGGCGACAACAUGUAGGACUCGUGUCUUUGGGCCCAAGGCAAUUGGAAAAGUGGGGAGUGCCCGUUUGCUGGCUUCAAGGGAUUCAGCGGGGGAUGGAGGGGUGGCUGCAUCAAGAGUGACAGUUGAAGAAGCUAGCAUGGAGUCGGAAUGGCUCAAAGUAAAGCUGAAGCAAUGGCUUGAUGAUGAGUACUGCCCCGAGCCAGCAAACGAGGACAUCAGUGAACGUUGCAAGAGAGUCUACUACCGGUGUCUGUUAGAGGGGGUUAACGACGCUGGCGACAUCCUUGUGGAAUUUAUUCGGGACCUGGAAACCUUUAGCUUUAAAGAGAGUUUUCAUGGUCCCUUUACAGCCGCUAAUGCCGCCAUUGCCUUAAUCAUGGAAAGAAUUGACACUCAAGAUAGUUGAGAUGCCAUCCGAUCGCCUGCCAUGCACUCUCCGUGUACAACAGGCCCAAUCGAAGCAAUGGCAUCUCCUGUCCUCUGGAAUCGUAUGCAUUACAUGUGCUAGGAGACACCUGGCAGAAUUCGAUUUUGCCGACAACGUCUGGCCCAACUGAUCGACCAUGUCACAAGUGUAACAGGUGUAACAUCUGCAUUCCGGCCGCCAGAAAUCACAUGCACCAACUUCCAAC